AUGGAGGAGAUUGAAUUAUUUAUCACGAUCUCGAAGAAUUACAUCAGUUAGGAAAGAAAGACUCUAAGGAAGCUGUCUAUUGUUGAAACUAAAUUAGAGAGGAAAAAGGGGACUGAAGAAGAGUUCAAGUACAAUAUGACUGUAGAGUACUUCAAAAAGGUGGAAGCAAAUCUAAGAGAAUGGCUUAAUACAAUUUUGAUCUAGGUUGAUGCGCUGCUUCUACCUAUGAUUAAUCAUAAAAUACAAUCCCUUCAAGACGAUUUCAAUAGGCAAAAAUAGCAAGAUGAUAAUGUGAAUAAUAACUAGACAACAUUUGGCAGCCAUACCUAAAACACUCAAGGCAAUACACAGUCUGCUGGCGUCUUACACACAUUAGGAGAAUAGUAAGAGGAAGAGAAUCCAAUGUCUUUAUUUGCUAUGAAGUAAAUCGAAGAAUCGUUUGCUGUUGAGAAAAUAACAUGUUUGAGAUUUAAAGGUGAUUUAUAUAGAUAUACUUCCGAUAUUAAUACUGGAUUUGAGUAGAAAUUAGCUUCUGAAUAUGCUCUUAAAAGUUAUUAGGAAGCAGCUGCUGAGAGCUGUAAGAUUAGUCAGGCACAUCCGAUAACACUUAAGUUAGCCUUAAGUCAUUCAAUGUAUUAUUACGAAGUUUUGAAUUCAGUUGAAUUUGCAAUGAAAAUUAUAGGAGAGACGAUAGCUGAUGCCAAAGAUGAGUACUUCAACUUUAAAAGAAAGGCAAAUGAUGCUGAAUUAAGAGCAUAUAAUGAUAGCAUGAAAACACUUGAUCAUAACUUGUAAAAAUGGAAGGAAGAACUAUUAGAAAAUGCCAAAGAAUAUACUAAUUAAAAUUAAUGA